AGCCGGAGCGCCCGGCUUGUCUCCGCGCUCGUGGGGCAGCCAGCCGGGAGCAGCGGGGAGUGAGGCAGGGAGCCCCUUCGCCCCGACCAAGGGGACGCACUCAGUAAGCACAAAAGAGAGAGCCACCCAAGGGGCAGCCAAAGCAGGAGGAGAGAAAGAGAAGGGAAGAAAAAAAAAAAGGGUGAAAAACAACCCAGAAAAAAAAAGGAAAAAGAAAAAAGGAAGGAAAGGAAAGCGCUCGCUCGCUCUUUCUCUAGAAUAACAAAAUACCUAAUCGUAACAAAAUAACAUCCUUCAGACAAAAUCCAGCAGGGACUUGGUAUACCAAAAAGGCAAGGCGAGGAGAACGUGCCAGGGCGCGGGGAAGGCAAGCCAAAGCCGCGAUCGCUGCCAGGGCAGGAGAGCAGCAUGUCAAGCGCCGGGGCACACACGGAUGAGCGCUGCMGGCAGCCCGCCUUCCUCCCCGGCCCGCCGCCGCCGCAAGAAGUUGAGAGUAGCAGCGGCAGUGCCAAGGUGCAGAGGAUGUGCGCGGCCAGGCAGAUGCUGCUGCUGCUCCUGGCGUUCCUGGCCUAYGCCCUGGAUUCGGCCGCCGCCUACGGCACGGCGGAGACCCUCUGCGGYGGAGAGCUGGUGGACACGCUGCAGUUCGUCUGCGGGGACAGGGGCUUCUACUUCAGCAGACCGGUGGGACGAAAUAACCGGCGGAUCAACCGGGGGAUCGUGGAGGAGUGCUGCUUCCGGAGCUGCGACCUGGCUCUGCUGGAAACGUACUGCGCCAAGUCUGUCAAGUCGGAGCGUGACCUCUCCGCCACCUCCCUGGCGGGCCUGCCGGCACUCAGCAAGGACAGCUUCCAGAAGCCCUCACAUGGCAAGUAUUCCAAGUACGACGUGUGGCAGAAGAAGAGCUCGCAGCGGCCGCAGCGGGAUGCGCCCAACAUCCUGCGGGCUCGCCAGUACCGGUGGCAGGCGGAGGGGCUGCAGGCGGCCGAGGAAGCCAAGGCGCUGCACCGUCCCCUCAUCUCCCUGCCCAGCCAGAGGCCCCCGGCGGCGCGAGCCUCCCCGGAAACGGCUGGCCCCCAGAAAUGAACUCUGACCAGCUGUCUCGAUUUUUGAUCUCCUGGGGGAGGGCGGGAGGACUGGUGAUUCCCGACCCCCAAGCCCCUCCGUCCCCGGGGCUGCUGAGCCGAGGAGCGGGGCGGCGGGGCACCCUCACGCCGCUCCGGCCCCAACCAAACAACUGACACAGCAAGGAGGGGAUGGCGGCGGCGGUGGYGAGCGGCACCGCUCCCACGGCAUCUUCCUUUUGGGGUGGGGGGGAGGGUUGUUUCGUUUCCCACACCUGUUUCGUUACCCCGCGCCCCCAGUGUUUCCAAACCUGUACUUGCAAAGGGACAGUUUGGCACUUGAACUUUUUGCUGCCGGGUGCUGCGUGACAUCCCCGGUGCCAAUGCCAGAAGACAAAAGAAAGAGCAAGAGGGAAAAAGGAUAUGAAGUUAAAUUCUUUUUUUAAUCUUUUUUUUCUCGAGAAGAGUCCAUUCCGUGUCUUUCUUGACAAUAAAGAGAAAAAAAAAAACCACAAUAGAACGGGGAGAAAUACUGAGGGAUAAAUUUUUUUUGCCUCAUUCCCACCCCACUUUUUUCUUCUUUAUUGUUUUUUUUUUUCUUUUGGUUUUUCUUAUUUUUAUAACUUUCUUUUGCACCUUUAAAAGAAAAACGUACCUGAGAAGAAGUUCUGAGGAGCCCCCAUCUGCGUUUUUGUGUGUGUGCUUCAUUACAAGAUUCCAAAUCGACUUGCACCUUUUUGAAAUCACCGAUGACGGGAGAAAGAGAGGAAGGGGAGAGAGAAAGCAAGAGAGMAGGAAAAGGAAAGGGGAAAGAAGAAAAAAAAAGAAAAAAGUGAGCUGAUGCUCACUUUAAAUGGAGGAGGCGUCUGCAUUGCACAUUUGCCACGGAUUUAGUUGAUUUAUAUAUAUAAUAUAUUAUAUAACUUUUUUGGCAAAAAAGCACUAUUUUUAUGGGACAUUUUGUGUAGUAUCUGAAGAGGGAUUGUAAUGUUUAAAAUGUGUUAUGGUGCUAAAGUAAGUUGGAAGGGAAAAAACCCAGAAAUAGCAAGGGAGGGUGGGGAGGGAAGGACAAGAUAGCGAAUACUGAACUUGAAAUUUUAGCUUUUCGUUUUAGGAAAAGUGUGAUAAAUGUGUUUCUUUUCUCUUCUGAAAUAUAGCUUGGUCAUGACCAUAUGAGCUAGUUGGCUGUUACUCAUGUACACAGAUACACGCACACACAGAAAUACAUCGACACGCAUCCUUUUUUUUUUUUUUUUUUAAAAAAAACAAAACAAACAACAAAACCACCGCAACUUAGACUAAAAGGGAACUGUUCUGGAGACAAACUAUUUCGAAUGGUGAAGGUGUUGCCGGUUAGAACUCAAGGCCCUGCUUCUGCACGAACGCCCUGGCAGAGCUUCGCUUCCCGAGCCACGGGGAAUCUCGCUCUUCCCCAUCCUUGCUGGAGUGACGACGCUCCAGCGAGCGGGCGGGCGGCCCUCGACACUGAGCCCCUGCAGAAGCAGCAGUUCCACGCCCUGCCAUCUCCUUUUCCUUCUCUUGCCCUUUGCGUCCUUCUCGCAGGACCCUGGUGUCCCUGCCCCGCGCCCCCUGCCCUCCUCCGGGGCCGCGCAGGAGGAGCUGCACGGGAUGGGGGGGACAGGCAAAGUCUCUGGCCUGAGGCUCAGGACUCGGUGAGCGGAUGGGUUUGAGAGGUGGGCACAGGGCUGUAAAAUAGGUUGGGUUUAAAAUAAUAUAUAUUAUCUGUCUAGGAACCGUAAAAGGGGGGGGAAUCAAUUACAUCUCCCUAAUAUACUCUCACUUGCUAAUAAAAUGGGGACACUCUGUUAACCARUUCUGUACUUGCUUUGUCUUAUAUAUCCAUACAUUUAAAACAUAAAAAAAAAAGACUACUUGAAUUGUAUUCUGUUUCGUGGUUUGGAGGGGAGGGCUAGGGGGAGUCUUGAGAGGGGGAGGAUUUUAAUGUAUAAUCCUUUUGUUUGUUAUUACCUUGCAAUGUUGAGCCAUGAAGCCUUUGUUUAAAAAAAAAAAA